UUGCUGUACACAAUCUUCAAACUGCUAAAUUUAAACCAAGUCAGGUAGAAAGGGAAGGGACGUGUGAGAAAAAAGAAACGGAUCUCUAUUAAGUUUGUAUUUACUUUUGUUUCUAUUUAUUUAUGUCAACAUUCAAAACUUAGAAGAAAAUGUCGAGUGCGUUAAGACGAGAAGAAAUACGCAAGGAAGUGCCAGACAUUGUCAUUGAUCCUGGGAGUGGAAAAAGAUACCUGAAAGGCAGAUUUCUGGGAAAGGGAGGUUUUGCAAAAUGUUACGAGUUGACAGACACAGAUACAAAAGAGAUAUUUGCUGGAAAGAUUGUUCCAAAGUCCCUUCUAGUGAAACAGCAUCAAAAAGACAAGAUGACCCAAGAGAUCAGUAUUCAUCGCAGUGUUUCCCACAAACAUAUCGUCAAAUUUCACAGUUUCUUUGAGGACAUGGACAAUGUUUACAUACUUCUGGAGCUGUGUCGUAGGCGGUCCUUGAUGGAACUGCACAAGAGAAGGAAGGCUGUAACAGAACCAGAGGCACGGUACUUUGUGCGACAGGUCAUUCUCGCGUGUCAGUAUCUACACAACUUCAAAGUCAUUCACAGAGAUCUGAAACUAGGAAAUCUAUUUAUCAAUGAUGAAAUGGAGGUCAAAAUCGGAGACUUUGGAUUGGCUACAAGAGUGGAUUAUGAUGGAGAGAGGAAAAGAACAUUAUGUGGCACGCCAAAUUACAUUGCCCCCGAGGUCCUUGGAAAGAAGGGUCACAGUUACGAAGUGGAUGUAUGGUCACUCGGUUGUAUACUGUAUACUUUACUGGUGGGGAAACCUCCAUUUGAAACCUCCUGUUUAAAGGAUACCUACUUAAAAAUCAAGAAAAAUGAAUAUCACAUUCCCUCCCGAGUCAGUCAGCCCGCCAAAAACUUAAUUGCUAAACUACUCAAAGGUGACCCCACAGACAGACCAGGAAUGGAAGCUCUGUUAGAGGACGAAUUCUUUCACUCAGGUUACCUUCCCCCAAGACUCCCUACCAGUUGCCUGAGCAUGGCUCCCAGAUUUGAUACACUAGCACGCUCAGAGGCAUUAUCAAGACGACCUCUACUAGAAAUCAACAGAGCUGAUGGAAAUUCACGGCCACAGACUGCCCCAACAGACAUGAAAAAAGAUGACAAGUAUCCACAAGAAUCUGAACAAGACGCUGAUGAAGGACGAAGGAAAGGAAGUGAUGAACCGGCAGACUAUUAUUUAUCUGACCUAUUUGCCGUCCUUUCGACUGUGAUAGCAUCGAAGCCAUCGGAAAAAAUCCAAAUACAAGAGGAGGAGGCAGAAGACCCUGCUUCUAUUCCUAUUUACUGGGUCAGUAAGUGGGUAGAUUACUCGGACAAGUAUGGCCUAGGCUAUCAGCUGUGUGACAACAGUGUAGGAGUACUAUUCAAUGACUCAACACGCCUCAUCCUUCUAGCCAACGGAGAGAAUGUGCAGUAUAUAGAGAGAGAUGGCACUGAGCAUUACCACACCCUCAAAGUGUUCCCAGAAACCCUUACCAAAAAAGUUACUCUGCUAAAAUACUUCAGAAACUACAUGAAUGAGCAUCUACUCAAGGCUGGAGCCAACAUGACACCCAGAGAGGGAGAUGACAUGACAAGAUUGCCUUUCCUCAGGCACUGGUUUAGGACGAGGAGUGCCAUUGUUUUGCACCUCAGUAAUGGAACUUUACAAAUCAAUUUCUUCCAAGACCAUACAAAGAUUAUUUUAUGUCCACUAAUGCAAGCAGUCACAUACAUUGAUGAAAAGAGAGAUUUUCAUGUCUUUAAACUGAGUGGUAUUGAAAAGUUUGGAUGUACCCGAGAACUUGCCAGCAGACUCAGAUAUGCCAGGACGAUGGUGGAACGCCUCAUGACCUCUAAAUCUGGGUCGGGUCGUAUUAAGUCAGCUAAUCCUUCAACAUCCUAGUGUGUUGGUAGUUGUGUGGUGUGAAAUUCAUGACUUUGUAGUGCUGGAAAGGAGAUAGGCACUCUACUGACAUGGUGAGCCCCCAAGUGCCAAGAUCAAGACAAAAAGUCUACUUGCCUAAAAGGUCCAUUUUGAGGGAGUGGUUUGAAUGUCAUAGGUGCAUGUAGGCCUAAACAACUUGAGAAUGUUUUUGUAGAAGAUAUUGAAAAUGUUAGUUGAAGAAUUAUGAAUGUGAUUACAGAUCAAAAAAAUUACUUUGUGUUUGUCUUUUACCGUCUCUAUGGAAGAUUUCACAAUUUUUUAUGUCCUAAUUUUUUUUUUGGUCAGGUUUCAUAGAUUUCAAUGACAUAAUUAUAGCUCACUUCAGUCUUUGGUUCAACAGGUGAUGUCAUUUCAGUUCUGUUUUCCUUCUUUAGGAAAUUGCUAGGAUGUCAGAAUGUCAUACUAAAAUAAUCAUGUAAGGAGAGAUGGAGUUUUAUGGAAUCAUGCAUUAGUGGUCAUUGGGUUAGUGCUCAGUUGUCUCUCUUUGAAUGUGAUAAAGUACAUGUACGCAAGAGCCUCAUUGUACAUCACACCCGUUUUUCGGUGCUUUGUUUUAUUUGUUUUGUUGACACUGGUUUUUUCAUGACUUGAAGAUUGUUGGAUUUUUUUUCUUUGUAAUUAAAAAAAAAAUAAGUAGUGUGAAAAUAAAAAUUUGAUUUUAUAAUAUUUUCACUAUUGAUAUUCUAUGCAAGCACUUGAAAAAUUCUUUUAAAAAGAAAGUAAGGAAAGUUAUGAGGUAUUAUGAAAAGAAAAAUGUGUUCAGAUUGUAAAUAUUAGCUGUUCUAUAUGUAUUAAAACUGAUCGUAUGCUAUACAAUGGAUACUCAAGUAUUCCAUAAUAUAUAAGGUAGAAACUAAAUAGUUGUUAUCCAGACAUAAAAAUCACUUAAUUAUCAAAGUAUUUAUUUUUGUGUUUUAUUUUGAUAAAAGCAUAUUUAUGUUGACAGAGUGCUGGGAGCAAUCAUCCCUAAAGUUGGGGAUGGAAUGGGUUACCCAAAAUAUACAAUACACAGAAUUAUGGGAUGGAGGGUAGUGUUAUUUUUCUAAAUUUCUGUUUUGCAGAUGAUUUCUAUGUGGCUGAUUUUUAGUGAAUUUGCCAACAAGAUAAAAUAUUGCAUAUUUUAAAACAGUAAAUAUUUUUUUAAGAUACUUGAGAAUUGUAACAUUAAGAUUUGUAUAGUAAAAUCAUGUGAACAUGAAUAUGUUGAAUGUGCCAUUUUAUGUUUCAGCAGAUUUAAGAACACCACCUGAGUGCAUUGAAUUGUAUCGAUUAAUUUAAUGACACUGGGAUUUUUCUUUUUCUGGCACAUCUAAGAUAGAUGUCUCUAGAGACUGUUUUUUGUACUUAGAAACUUUGUUAUACUGUCUCUGUCUCCCCUUUCUGUCUAUCUGUAAAAUCACACAGUAUCACACUUAUCAAUAAAGAAAUAAAACACUGCA